AGUACAGUUCCCUUUCAAAGUAGUUAGAGCUUGAGCUAGAUCUAUUUGUUGUGUUUUUGUAGAUCAGUGUGUGUUAUCAUAGUGCAGACCAUAUGCUCAUUUAGCUAGACUUCUAGAUAGACUCUGAUAGACUAUAUAACUAGCUAUAGAAUAUUAUAGUUAUAGAUCUAGAUCUAGAUGUCUAGAUCUAAACUCUUAAAUCUAUUCUAGAUAUAUUCUAUAUCUAGCUAGUCUAGUCAGUAGUCUAGUUGUAAAUCUGAAUUUAGUGACAUAGGACAUAGACUAUGAUAGACAUCUAGAAUCUACAUUCUACAUCUACCUAGUCACAUACUGAUACUGGCAUAGGAUAGUCAUAUUCAUAGGAAUGACACAUAGGCUACCAUGAUUUACUGUGAAUAGAGUGAAGUGUGAAUAUUCUCAAUCCUAGUCUAGUUAUCUAGCCGUAUACGUCUAACUGUCUGUAUAGACUAGACCUAGUCGUGGAUCUACUUUAUAAUUUAAAUUAACAAAAUGGGGAAAAAGAGCCAAGAUUUUGAGGUUGCUAGGCGCAGUAUGGACAUGCAAAGACUGGAUGAGGAUGAUAGUUCCUCCAGUGCAAAAAAUGAAAAAGUUGGACUCAAGAGAGAUGUGGGCCUCAUUUCUGGCAUAGCUUUGAUCAUUGGUACCAUGAUUGGUUCUGGUAUAUUCAUAAGUCCUAAAGGUAUGAUUGAAGGGUGUGGUUCAGUUGGCUUGACUUUGAUCUUAUGGUGUCUCUGUGGUCUGUUAACCACAAUGGGAGCUCUCUCUUACGCUGAGCUUGGCACCAUGAUACCAGAGUCUGGUGGUGAACAUGCCUAUCUGAUGUACACUUUCAACAAAGUUAGGAAGAACAAGAAACCAAUCUACAAACUAAUGAACACCCAGGGCUCCAAGAGCUUUGCCAGAGUUCCUGCAUUUUUGUAUGACUGGGUCGCGCUGUUCAUCAUAAGACCCACAAUGUAUGCCAUCAUGGCUAUGGCCUUGGGAACAUACGCAGUGAAACCUUUCUACCCAGACUGCCCUCCCCCUGACAUUGCAGUCAAGCUGGUGACAGCUGUAGCUAUGUGUACAAUUGCAUUUAUAAACAGUGUAUCUGUGAAAGCAGCCACAAUGGUUCAAAACAUAACAACUUUCACAAAACUUAUUGCACUAGCCAUCAUCUCUGUUGGUGGUAUCAUCAUGAUUUUCAAAGGUAACACAGAAUAUCUUUCCGAAGGCUUUGAAGGCACCAGAAAUGAUCCACAAAAGGUGGCUAUUGCAUUUUACAAUGGGCUCUGGGCAUUUGAUGGUUGGAAUAGCUUAAAUUUUAUCACAGAAGAGCUAAAAAACCCUACUAGAAAUCUACCAAGAGCUAUAAUGAUUGGCAUACCACUGACAACUCUGUGCUAUGUCCUUGCCAAUGUUGGCUAUUUGGCUGUCAUGUCUAAAGAAGAAAUCAUGAUUUCACAUGCAGUAGCAGUGACUUGGGGUGAACGAAUGCUUGGUGUUAUGUCCUGGAUGAUCCCUUGCUUUGUUGUAGCCUCGACGUUUGGUUCAGCCAAUGGAUGCUUAUUUUCAUCUGGGAGGUUGUGUUUUUCAGCUGGGAGAGAUGGCCAUUUCCCUAGAAUUCUAUCAUUCUUACAGUUUGAUAGAAAUACACCCAUGCCUGCUGUCAUGUUUACGUUGAUCAUUUCACUUUGCCUUAUAAUACCUGGUGACCUGAGCUCACUCAUAGACUUCUUCAGUUUUGCUUCAUGGCUCUUCUAUGGCAUCACAACAGCUUCCUUGUUAAUACUAAGAGUAAUAGAGCCCAAGACACCAAGGCCAUAUAAAGUUCCUUUACCAGUUCCAAUUAUUGUUCUCCUGGCUUCAAUUUAUCUAGUCAUAGCUCCAAUUAUUCAGAACCCUGGCAUUCAGUUUGUGUACGCUGUUCUGUUCAUACUUAGUGGAUUGAUCAUCUAUAUUCCAUUUAUAUACAUGGGAAUUCAUUUUAAAUUUAUGGACAAGAUAACAAUAGUUUUACAGAAACUAUUGCGUGUGGCUCCAACUGACAAAGCCAGGUGAUCAAAAGAUUUUGUCAUUCCGAUUGUUUCAUCCUUCAUCAGUUGUCUCAAGCAUAUCAGUUUUGCCGUUUUUAUCUCCCUUUGAUCCAUUGCACUAAAAAUGCAUUUUUUUUAGUAUUUUCUUUAGGCUUAAUUUAUUUUAUAUUAUUUAAGUUUAUUUUUAUUUUAUUUAGAGUUUAUGAUGUUAUAAUAGCUUACUUGUAUUCAAGUCAAUGUGAACAUAUCAUGUCUAUUAAAGAGAAGUUAAUUCUAAUUAGUUGCAAUCUUAUUAUCACCAUGGCUGACAUUUAUAUAUCAAAUGUUAUAUGUAACUGUCGUGAUGGUACUUUAGUUAAGUACUACAGCUGAAAAUUGGCUGGUAAUAAAAGAUGCUUUUAAAAAUAUAAAUACAAGUGGAUUUUAAGCGUAACACAAGUAGCCAAGAUAUUUAUUGUCAAAUAUGAGAUACAUAAAAAACACUUAUCACUAUUGUUAUAAUAGGCCAGUUCAUAUAUUGUUGUUACUUGUACCAGGAGUGUAAUUAUAGCAAGAGUGUAAUUAUAAAAAAAAAUUGCAAAUUGAAGCGAACUAUUGCCUACAACUUGGAGGUUUUUCUGCAUUUCUUCUGUUAAGGCAGUAGAAUGUCAAUUAUCACGUUAAUUGGGAAUAGGGUAUGUUUGGAUAAUGGAUCUUCUGAAUAACCAAAUGCAAAAUAUUAUAUAUGGUCUAUUUCACCAACAAUAUAAAAAAAAUUCAUAUUGGGCGUUAUACAUAGUUGCCUACCAUUAUUGAGAGAAAUAAUUGCUUAUCUUUUGCUACAUCUCAGCAAGACUACUUGCAUACUCUACUGUAAAAAAAAAAAAAACAGCCCGGAUAUAUAAUUUUAUGGAUAACUGACAUCCAAAUAAACGUUUUACUGUACAUUUCAAUCUAUCUAUCUGUAAAUAGGGGCUAGUUUUAGGUUUACUUUUUCAGACAAUGGUUUUAUUUAUUCUUUUGAUUUUAGUUUGCUAUUAUUUAUUGUUCCCACCAUAAAAACAUUGCUAUUGAAAAUGUUCUAAAUAUUUUGUUUUGAAAUUGCAUUUUUUUUUUUUUUUUUUUUUUUUUUUUAUUAUUGGUCAUUUUUAUGUUGUUGUUCAUUAAGUGCUUUAUAAUUUACAAAGUUAAUGUUAUUAUGCUAAUAUGCUAAUAGAUAUACAUCAUUUUUUGAAAUAUUUAACAGGUUUGAGUAAUGCUGAAUAUUAACUAAAAUGACUCUUAUCUUUCUAUUCAAUGUUGUCAAUUCACCGCUUAUACAUGUAGUCUACUAUUCAUGAAGCCAAAUAAUUCCUAUUUGAAGUUGUAAUAUUGUCAAAGAUCAUUUUACUCUGAGAAAACUCACAAUGUACAUUAUUUUAUGUAACAUUAAUAUUUGUUAUGCUAUUGAAUGAGUCAGAUGAACAUGUUACACUUUUUUCAUAGCUGCUCGACUGCACAAAACCAAAGCAAACUAAUGUAACAAGCAUUAUAAUGUGCAUAGAUAACAUAACAAUUAACUUUUAAUGUCAACUCUUCAAAUUGAAAACUGAAUAUAUUUUUCUAUGUAUGCAUUAAUUCAAAUAUUGUUAUUAGUGAGCAUUGACACUUCUCAAUUUAUUCUUUAUACCACAUUAUUUGUUUUAGCCUGAGUUUUAGUUUUUUUUAAAUUCAUAUAGUUUAUACCUCAUCCGCAUUAUUUUUUUUUAGCCUGAGUUUCUAAAUUUUUUUAAAUUCAUAUAGUUUAUCUGGCAUUUAUUUAUCUCAAUAAAUGCAUUUUUUCAGUUGUCAGUGACUCCCCUCAACAAGUGGCUCUUGUAUAAAUGUAAUUAUAAGUGUAUGUUUAAACAGAGGUGAAAUGUUGACCAGGCAUGUGCUGGUAUUUUGAAUUGGAUAUUUAAAAUGUAUUCACAUUUACCGAGUUUAAGGGCAUUUUAUUGACCAUAUAUUAAUUUGUGAAUGUUUGUCAAUAAUGUUUGUAAAGAACUAAUAGAGAAAAAAGGGAAAAAAAAUAAUUGUAUUAGUUUAUUGGACAGAAUGGAUUAGGGCCAAUCAACCACAAACUUUACAUUGAAGAAGAGCUUCAAACAAACCACAGAAAGAAGCUUUAUUUACAAGGCAUUAGAAUGUCCAGUUUUUUUGUUGUUUUUUUUUGCAUUUGUUAUAGAAUUUGGUUUAUCAUAACUCCACUUUUUUUUCUCUUUUUUCAUGUAUUUUAAAAAUUCACUUUUGAAACUGAUUGUUGCAAGGGUGUCUUGUCUUAGCAUCUCAAAUUUAUUCAACAUUUUACUUUGUUGUUGUUGUCUUGCCAAUUAUUGAACAAUUUUCAGAUUUAAAACAAAAAACAUAAUUAGUAAAUGGAUUACAAUUUUAGAAAAUGGAUUUUUUUUUUAUAUUAUAUAAAUUUAAUAUUAAGCUUUUUAAAAAUCUGUUUCAGAUUUGUUUUUUACUAAAUUCUUUACUGCUUUCUCUUAUUAGUGCAAUUCGUUUUUCAUUUUUUUUAUCAGCUUUGUAGACUAGUUAUGUAUUUUUCUUCAACUAGUUAACUAGCUCUAUAGCCUACAUUUUAGAAAAGUUUCUAUUAUCAACCAAUGCACCCAUGGUUAUGGUCAUUCUUGGUUAUUAUUCCUUAACAUUCAAUGAUUGUGUUAAUCUGCCUAUGUUUCUGUUAGUACUGGUAGCUGAAGCUCACUAUUCCAAUGUAAAGGAAAAGUAACUUUUUUUUUUUCAACUUUUACAUUGAGUGCCAAAGAGAUUAGUUUAAAAAAAAAUAUUUCAUUUGAUUUACUGAAAAUUAUGUUUUUAUUUAUACAUGUAUAUAUAUAUUUUUUUCUUUAACUGUGCUAUAUUUUCCAAUAUUCUACUCCUGUCAAAUUGGUGUUUGCAAUUUGUGCCACAAAAAAAAUGUUUUCAAUGAAAAGCAGUUUUACAAUUAGACCUGUGCAUACUGGGUGAUUUUGGUUUUAAGUCAUUGAAAAUAAAAAAUAAUUUUAAAAAU